GUUUCGAUGGUUUGGGGAGGGACAGCUUGCGAGACCACAGUGUGUGAAGUGCAAUGCAGUGUCACACAGAAAUGCGUGACUUCUGGGGUCCAGAACAAGGCGAACUCGCCCUAUAUUAUAGAGUCAGGGGGUAGCACUGAGCACGGUCCGACAACCUCACUUUAUGUUUGGGGUAGAUUGGGGGAAAAGAGGAACUGCUCGGUCGAAAAACAUCCCAUCUGAGCCGCGUUGAUAUAUUUAUUUUUUAAAAAAUAAUUGUGUCGCAAGUUUUUACACCACCGUUUCCUGUUGAAACGCCGCUAACUGAGAAGUUGCAACUGACAUCAUGUGCUGGAUGGUUUCCCUGCGGACACGUAACCUUUAACAAAGCAGGUGCUUUCCGUAAAGCCGUGAUGGGGGCAGGAGCGCGAGGCUGAGGGCAAAAAGCUGCUUAUGGCCGGAUGCCGAGAGGGAGCAGCUGCCGCUUCGUCGACUAAUUAAAGCAGUGGUUGCUUUAAUUUGCGUAUUUAGCCGGCGCCGAUGCACCUUUGCCUGAACCCUGAGCUGCGGCGAGGACGUGGGCAUCGCUUCCAGGCCGCGUGAGGCGAAGUGACCGGAUACGCGGCAGCAUGGCGCACAAGUGCACGAGCGUACAUGCCGGCAGAACCGCCAAAGCCACGCAACGGGCCGGGGAACGGGGCAACGGGCCUGGCUGUGACCACCGGUGGGAGAAUCCCAAGACCAGAAGCCCUGGACAUGUGGCCAUGCUGGAGAAGACACGGGAGUUCUUUCAGAUCUGUGACAUAGAAGAUAAAGGAUUCAUCACACGGAGGGACAUGCAGAGGCUACACGGCGAGCUACCCCUCACUGCCGAUGAGCUGGAGAACGUCUUUGACACCUUGGAUGCUGAUGGCAAUGGUUACCUCACCCUGGAAGAGUUCUCCACUGGAUUCAGUGAGUUCCUGUUUGGGCGCCGGGUCUCCAUAAAAGACCUGUUUUACCAGCACCAGGGUGAGCAGAAGUUGGCAGACAAUGAUGAAGAAGAGGAGAAGAGCUUCGGCCUCCUCCUGGAGAACCUGGGGGCCAGCAACGUUUUUGAGGACUCCUCCAAGGUGUACAACCUGUGGACUCGGCUCCGCCGUGACGAGCCGCACCUCCUGUCCAACUUCGAGGAGUUCCUGGCCAGAGUUAGUGUCCAGCUCAAGGAAGCCAACCAAGAAAAGCGGGAGAUGGAAAGUGCCCUCCAGAGGAAAGCAGCCACUCAUAACGAUGAACUGCAGCAGCUGUACGAGGAGAUGGAACAUCAAAUCAAAACGGAGAAGGACCGCAUCCUCCACCAGGUCCAGGACUCUGAACACUUCUUGUACCGAAGUCAGAACCUGGAGCAGAGACUGUCCAGCAAGGAGCUGGAGCUGGAGCAGCUGGUUCAGAAGCAACGGAGGCUGGAGCGGGAGUGCCAGAACCUCCACUGCGAGCAGGAGGAGACACGUGUGGAGAAUGUGAAGCUGAAGACCACCAAUGAGCAGCUGGCAUGCGAGUUGGUGCACGCGUCCAAGGAGCUGAGUCUGGCUCAGGAGCAGCUGGAGGUGCUGCAGCAGGAGGCGACGCGGCUGCAGGAGGAGCGAGAGAUGGAGAUGUACAGGCUGACGGAGGGCCUGCAGCGGGACAGGGCGAGUCUCCUGAGGCAGCUGGACCUGCUGAGGGAAACGAAUAAACAUCUGCGAGAUGAGAGAGACAUCUGCUACCUAAAACCCAGGAGUUCUCCCCCAAUCCUACACCCCUUCCAGAACCAGAGAUGUGGAGCAGUGGGUCUGAAGUUCACGGAGGAGAUGCUGGGGAGUGAAGACCAUGUGGACACCCCCAAACGCAGCAACGGGAAGUCAGUCUCGGGCCUGAACGGCCAUGGGCAUCCUGUCAAGCCAGAAGGGACCCCUCCCAUGGACAACCUACAUCUGCAGAGGGUGAUAUCUAUCGAGGAGGACCCUUUGCCCCAGCCCCCUGCCCACCAAUGGAGCGUGGAGGAGGAGGCGGAGCCUACUGACGUGGAAUUGAGUAUGAUCUACACUGUCACUCCGGGCCCCACCAUCCAGGCGGUGGCACCUGCUAACGACAAGGAUCCUUCAUCCAGCCAGCAGAAACCCCCCUCGUCCCCCAGGGAGCAGCCUGUGGGCAGGGAAACCGACCCGCGGAUAGAAGCCACCAUCUCCAGCCCCGACCGCCUCUUCAAGGUUGUCGUUGUGGGGAACUCGAGUGUGGGCAAGACCUCAGUACUUCAGCGUUUCUGUGAUGCCUCCUUCCUCCCGGGGACCUCCGCCACCAUAGGAAUCGAUUACAGUGUGAAAACAGUAACCCUGGAGAACAGCCAGGUGGCGCUGCAGAUGUGGGACACAGCCGGGCAGGAGAGGUACCGAAGCAUAACCAAGCAGUUCUUCCGCAAGGCCGAUGGAGUCAUCGUGAUGUACGACGUUACCUCCCAACAGACCUUCAUGGCCGUCAGACAGUGGCUCGCCAGCGUUCAGGAUAGUGCAGGAGGAGACAUUCCUAUCAUGCUGCUUGGGAACAAGGUAGACAUGGAGAGUGUGAGGGAAGUCCCGGUGCAAGUCGGGGAAAAGCUGGCCAAGGACUCCCAGCUGAUCUUCUAUGAGUGCAGUGCUUUCUCAGGCCAAAAUGUGACUGAAGCCAUGCUCCACCUGGCCAGGGUUCUGAAGGAGCAGGAAGACGAGGAGAAGGAGAGGACCAUCCAGCUGGCUCACAGCCCACCGACCAUGAGGAAAAAGCCCUGCUGUUAGGACCGGGAGGAGCUCAGAGGUGGGAGAGCCAGACAGCGGGUGAAAACAGCCAUUCUAGAAUCGUCAUGCUGUAAUGGCAGUUGCUGUGAAAGGACACCGGAAAUGGACACUUCUGGAUUUAAUUAUUUUUAUUAAAAACACUGCAAUUCUGAGUGUCAAUAGGCUGGCGAAAGACACCCAAGUGCUGCCUGCAGUAAUAUGAAAGGUCGCUCCAGUCCAGUUAAAAAUAGACAUUUGAUCACAAUUUUUCCACCCAUUUCUCGAAGUAUCAUUUCAGUAUAAACUAAAAAGAUGUCUUUUUUAUGAAGUAAAUUAUUUUUAUUCACGUUAGCAAAUGAAGGAACAACGGUAAAUUAAACUUAAAGAGCAUAAAGUAACUAUCAUUACAAGCGUCACAGUUAUAAUUAAUGGUUGUGUCGGCACCAGAGACAAUUAUUCUUUAUGCCCAAGUGCACAAGCAUGAACUCUGGGGAGUUUAGCACUACUGUGACACGGCUGUCAUGAUUAAAUGGUGUUCAUUUAUACAAUGGCCCCAGUUCGCCCAAAUUAAAGACUCUGGUAUGUACACUAUAGUAGAUGUUUCAAAUUUAUUAAUUUAUAUAUUAGAGUUUUAUUUAUAUACUGUAUACAGCGCAUUUGAAUGUAUUUGUCUGUACUUUUACUAAGAAUGGUCCCAUUCCCCCCCUUGUACGUAAAUGAAGGCUAGUGUCACAUGUCGAUAUUUAUUUAAACUUCUGGGUAUUAACUAAAAACGCUCCAUGUCACUCGCUGUCCAUAACGUGAUUCAUCCAUUUUUGUUACAGCAAUGCUUUGCGGUUUUGUGUUCUUAGUGUAACACUGAAGACCUGAGGACAAAAUGCCAGAGACUCUUAAAGAUUGUUGUAAAUGCAAUUAAUGACUUUGCGUAUUUCUCAAAUGAAUCGGAAUAGAUCUGCACGGGUCACAGUGGUUGCCUGUUCUUCUCGUUAGACUGUAGCGGCCGAAGUGUGUUGGCUGUACCAGGGCUCUCGGUGAAGUGUGGCCUGCCUACUAAAGCUCGUCGUACUGCACAGUAGCUCUGGUCUCGUGCGUCAUUUUCAGGCAACACACAUUGCAGCUGUACUAUGCUGAGGGGAGACCGGCCACGUGUUUGGCUGUAAAUCGAGCUUUUUGCAAUGACAGUGUGCAUUUUGGUACCGUUUAUUGUUUGAUGAUGUUCUCUUUGAUACCAGUAAAGAGGUCUCUGACAGAA